UAACGCACACAUGUGACGAGGCAAUACACAAACACGGCACCCUUUAAUUUCGCCUUGAAAUUAACGAAAAAAACACGGAAUUAUAUAAUCGCCGGCUGAAAACACAUGAGUCCGUACAGCGGAUCGGUGCGUCGUCUGCUGGACAGUUGGCCAGGAAAGAAACGCUUCGGUGUCUACCGCUUCCUGCCGCUCUUCUUCUUGCUGGGCGCCGGCCUGGAGUUCUCCAUGAUCAAUUGGACAGUGGGCGAGACCAAUUUCUACCGCACUUUUAAGCGCCGCCAGGCGAAGAACUACGUGGAAGAGCAGCAGCAUCUGCAGGCGCUAGCCGCGAGAAACACUGACUGAACAAAAUGCCCGCCGGAGUUUCCUGGGGUCAGUACAUGAAGUUCCUCGGCUGCGCCCUGGCUUCCAUGAUGGCCGGUUCGCAGGCUGUACACCUCUACUAUAAGCCUCUGGAGGACUUGCAAACCUACAUCGAACGGGAGCAGCACAGCACACAGGUGGAUCCCAUCGCAAAGCCACCGGAAUCUGCCUAAUACUGUGUACUUGACAAGUUACUGGCCACUAAAGCUAUUUAAGUCAA